GAGCAGUCAAAAACUCAAGGAGGCCAAGCGAGUAGCUUUAGAGACCGAAGAGGUGGGCCAAGGCGUUCUCGCGGACCUCGAGGCACAGAGGGAGACCAUCCUUCACGUGCGCGACAACGUCCGCACCAUCGACAGCGAGCUCACCCAGGCCCGACGGUCGCUGGACCGGAUGAUCGCGCUGGCGCAGCGGAACCGCAUGGCCACGCUGAUCAUCGCAUCCGUAUUUUCCUUGGGCCUCGCUUUUUGGUUAGCUUGCUUCUUGGGAUUGUCUCUACAAAAGACUUUGCUUUGUGCUAUCGCCCUGGUCCUUACCUUGGUCCUUGGGCUCACUGUCCGACGCCGGCUGCGGACUGGGCGAUGGGAGCUGCCCAUACAUCACUGA